AAGAGAGAAAAUAAAAAAAAGGAACAGACGAGAGAAAAUGUGAAUGUGCACCGACAAGAAGAAAGAGCGCCGAUGGGAAGCAACAACGUCGGCCAUAGGAUUGACAACAAGUCGGGCGCUCUCAAAAUGGUCCAGCCGAAGCAACGAAAACAUCAGCAGCCGAAGCUGAAGCCAGUGCUGACGGACGAGCAAAGAGGCUUGUGUAAAAACAUCAACAUGCCCAAAUGCUGGGCCGCCGCCGCCGCCGCCGCUGCCACAAGCUCGCCAGGCCGUCCAUCAGGCCGCCCGAUCCAGUCGUCUGCAACUGUUGUCGUCGUCGACCGAGAUCAUCAUCACCUGCGAGUAUGA